UCAUUUCCGGCCCGUUCCCGGAAGCUGCGCAGUGGAGCCAAAUUUGAACGGAGCCGGGGUGUGGGGGCGCAGCGGUGAAGCUCGACCUGCCGCGGUUUCCUUGGCUACCCCGGCCACUUGAGUCCGGUCGCCAUGCCUAUCCGUGCGCUGUGCACCAUCUGCUCCGACUUCUUCGACCACUCUCGCGACGUGGCCGCCAUCCACUGCGGCCACACCUUCCACCUGCAGUGCCUGAUUCAGUGGUUUGAGACAGCGCCAAGUCGGACCUGCCCGCAAUGCCGAAUCCAGGUUGGCAAAAGAACCAUUAUCAAUAAGCUCUUCUUUGACCUUGCCCAGGAGGAGGAGAGUGCCUUGGAUGCAGAAUUCUUAAAGAAUGAACUGGACGAUGCCAGAGCCCAGCUUUCCCGGAAAGAGAAAGAAAAGCGAGACAACCAGUCUAUCAUUGACAAUCUGCGGGACAAGCUGGAAGAGCGCAACGCCACUGUGGAAUCUCUGCAGCAGGCCUUAGACAAAGCUGAGAUGCUGUGCUCCACCCUCAAGAAGCAGAUGAAGUACUUGGAACAGCAGCAGGAUGAGACCAAACAAGCACGGGAGGAAGCCCGCCGACUCAGGAGCAAGAUGAAGACCAUGGAGCGGAUUGAACUCCUACUCCAGAGCCAGCGGCCUGAGGUGGAGGAGAUGAUCCGAGACAUGGGUGUGGGACAGUCAGCGGUGGAGCAGUUGGCUGUGUAUUGCGUGUCCCUUAAGAAAGAGUAUGAGAACCUAAAAGAGGCACGGAAGGCCUCAGGAGAGCUGGCUGAGAAGCUGAGGAAGGACUUGUUUUCUUCCAGGAGCAAGUUGCAGACAGUCUACUCUGAACUGGACCAGGCCAAGUUGGAGCUGAAGUCAUCCCAAAAGGACCUACAGAGUGCUGACAAGGAAAUCACAAGCCUAAAAAAGAAGCUAACGAUGCUUCAGGAAACCCUGAACCUGCCGGCAGUGGCCAGUGAAACUGUCAACCGCUUGGUCUUAGAAAGCCCAGCUCCUGUAGAGAUGCUAAACCCGAAGCUCCGCCGGCCAGCCUUCAGUGAUGACAUUGACCUCAAUGCCACCUUCGAUGUGGACACCCCACCGGCCCGGCCCUCUAGCUCCCAGCCUGGCCUUGCCAAGAAGCUCUGCCUGGAGAAGGCACACUCUCCAGAUCAGGACGUCCACAAGACGAUUCCAAAAGGCCCUAAGCAGGAUUUCCAGCUCUCAUUGGGUGGCCAGUGCUGUGCAGGAGAGCCAGAUGAGGAACUAGCUGGUGCCUUCCCUGUCUUCAUCCGGAAUGCCAUCCUGGGUCACAAACAGCCUAAGAGGACUAGGGUAGAGUCCUUUUGCAGCACAGAUGCGGUAAGGACAGGCUUCGAUGGACUUGGAGGCCGGACAAAGUUCAUCCAACCCACUGACUCGGCUGUAAUCCGCCCACUGCCUGUUAAGCACAAAACCAAGGCUAAGCAAAGAAUGGGGAUGAGAACAGUUUCCCCUCCCUCCCAGGCUAAGCUGGACAACUUCCUGAGGUAGCUCAGGGGCCCUGACCUUGGCCUCCUGGGGUUAGGGCAAGGACAGUGAAUCUCAUUAGUGGCUGGCUACAUGACUUCAACUCAUAGACCAAGGGUUGGCCAGGCAGGGGGCUGCUGGGGGACAGCCCCUAUUCCAGGACCAGCCCUGAUGGCAGGGACAGACUGGCAGGUGGGAAUGAAAGUGAGGCCAGAAGCUGCAUUUUUCCUGCACUCACCCUGCCCCAGCCUCACCGUACUAGAGCUGAAGGGACCAGCUCAUUGUUCCUACUAGUGAGGUCUGCUCCUGUUUUUAGGCUUCUGCUUAUAACCACGAUCAGAGGCAGCUGGGCUGCUUCUGGUCCUUGAGACCAGGGUCUGUUGUUGACUGUAUGGACCAAAGUGCUUGACGCUUCUCAGGCAGUCUCAGGCUGGAGCUCCUGCCUGUCUCCAACUUUUGCUGGGCACGGCCUAGGCCAGGCACAGUGGGGAGUUGGGAUGGUGGUAGGGAGGGGAUGGGGAAAGAUUUCUAUGUAAAAUAAAAAGAUGGCACCUCUUCCUGGCUCUGGAAUGUAAAUUCAUACCAACAGUUUGGAAAACUGCUUGCCCUGAUGACUUUCUAAAGUGAGACCUUUAUCUAAACUCAUAUCUAGCAGUUCAACCCCUAGGGGUGUGCCUUCUCCCAGGCUAAAGAGAAACUCUAGCAAGAAUGAGAUCUGCAGCUUUUGCCUAUAGCCUCUAACCUGGACAUAGCCUAAAGGCUGUCAGCAGCAGUGUGAAUGGGUAAACUGAGGUCUAUCCACACAGACAACUCACACAGUAAGCACAACAAAUAACCAGUGACACCCGCCCCAAGUCGAAUUUCUGGCUUUGACUGCCAGCCAAAUUUCUAGCCUUUGGGUCUUGGCUUCAAGGGUACUUUCUUAUAGAGGACUUCCCUUCUUAAACCCUAGCCUGGGUGAGGUCCCCUAAACUUUCCCUUCUCCCACUACUGGGCAGGGAAUUCACCUCUUUCCCCAGGGCUCAGUAUGAGCCUGGCACAGGUAGUGAGUUGUUGCUGUUAGUUGCCAUUGAGUUGAUUCUGAUCCGUGGCGACCCCAUGUGUAUAGAGUAGAACUGUGCUCCAGAGGGUUUUCAAGGCUGUGACAUUUUGGAAGUAGAUCACCAGGACUGUCUUCCGAGGUGCCUCUGGGUGUGUUCAAACUGCCAACCUUUCAGUACUUAUAAUCCUGUGAGGUGUUUGGUUAUGUCUAUGCAGUAUAUGUAAUUGUACCCCAAUGUGCUUUAUUAUCUAUAUGAAUAUAUGUGCAUACAGUCACCUAGAUAAAUAUACAUAUGCAUACACAUAUACACACAUAUAUCUACAUACAUACAUAUAUACCUAUUGCUGUCGAGUUGAAUCUGACUCAUAGCGACCCUUAGGACAGAGUAGAACUGCCCCGUAGGGUUUCCAAGGCUGUAAUCUUCACAGGGGCAGACUGUCUCAUCUUCCACCGCGUGGCUGGUAGGUUUGAACCAUUGACUUUUUAGUUAGCAGUUGAGCACUUAAUCACUGCACCACCAGGGCCCCUUACAUACAUAUAUAUACCUGCACAUAUAUUUUUUGGUUGUUUUUGCUGUUGUUUCAAAAAUUAUAUAUACCAUAGCAAUUACCAACAGGUAUUUUUUUCUUGUUUACAUUUCAGUGACAUUGUUUACCUUUGUCAAGCUGUGUACACUGCACUCUCAUUCAGCGUUACCUUUCCCACCACCAAAAAUAACAAGUGUCUGCUAUUGACAGAGUGAAUUCCCCCUAACCCCAACC